AAGUAUUUCAGAAGCCUUGGAAAAAUCCUUCUGAGGGAAAGAAUACCCUCAGAGGAAGUCUAAUGAAAUGUGAGAUGUCAAGAAGUUACAAGCAAUGAAUUUUAAAGCGUUCCUAAGAGUGCUAGAAGAUGAAGACCGAGAGCUGCAACAUCUUCAAAACAGAUGAGAAAUUAUUUUGCACUCUCUAGGUGCAAAGGAGCUGUUUCCCUUCUACGCUUCCCCAUGUCUUGGUGACCUAUUGAAUAAACAGAGUCAGGCAUUUCCACAAGAAAUGCCAAUUUCUCUCUCUAUUUUCUUUCUAAACAAUUUCCCCCUUUUCUUUUUAAUGUAAAAGAUCCUCGUGAUCAGAUUCUGACAUGGCGGUCCAUUCCCAGCCCUUGAAUGAUUCCUGUUCUAAUAGCUCAGAUCUCUUAUUCACUGGCCUGGAUCUCCUCUUUGAGCUGAAGCCGCUUUUCAUUCCUCUCUAUGCUCUCUUGGUGACAGUGGCCUGCACAGGGAAUCUUCUCCUCCUCUGUCUCAUCAGCUUCACCAAAAAGCUGCAGAACACCACGGAUUUCCUUAUUGGGAACUUGGCAGCUGCCGAUCUGAUUAUGUGCAUUUUCUGUGUUCCACUGACCGCCGUGUAUGCCUUUGAAAGCCGAGGCUGGCUUUUUGGAGUGUUCAUGUGCUACUUUGUCACCCUGAUGCAAGGGACUACUGUGUUUGUGUCUGUCCUGUCACUUACAGCCAUUGCCAUUGAUCGAUAUAUUGUAAUUGUGCAUCCCAUUCGCCAAAGGGUAAGAUGCAAGUCCUGUAUCUAUAUUGUGGCUGCUAUUUGGAUCUUAUCUCUUGUGGUUUCUCUACCGACCUAUUUACAUACCCACUACCUAGAUCUCAACAGUAUUGGCCACGACAUGAUUAUCUGUGAAGAAAUCUGGUUGCACCGGAAGACAGAGAGACAGCUGUACUCUUGCCUGAUGCUCUUCCUCUCUUACAUGCUUCCACUUUCUGCUGUGUUGUUCUCUUAUUGUGCCAUUUCUUAUCAUCUCCAGAAGAGAAAGAUCCCCGGAGCCGUAUGUCAGAACCAAGAAAAGUGGACGACAAAAAAAGAAAAGACCUUCCAGAUCUUGGUGGUUUCGAUCCUGUGUUUUGGUCUUUGCUGGCUCCCCCUCCAGGUAGUUAAUUUGAUUAGAGAUAUGGAUGAAGAAUUUGCUAUCCUAAACAAGCGAUAUGUGAAUGUCAUCCAAGUUUCAUGUCAUGUGGCUGCCAUGAGUUCAGCCUGUUUCAAUCCUUUCAUUUAUGCUUCCCUCCAUGAGAAAUUACGACUCCAUAUUGGGAACUAUUUUUAUCAGAGAAAGAAGUCAAGCCUCUCAUCCCACAAGGCCUCACGACUAAUUACCCAUUUUGCUUUGGCAGACAAUAAUCCCGUGGGUAUCUCAGAAAAUGUUGAGCUACAAAUGGAACACAAACACCAUUUCUUUGAACCAAUACAAGGAAACAUGUAACAUGGCGGCCUUCUCAUUCCCAUUCCAAGACUGGAUCCCAGCUCAUCCCAUAUAAUCCUGUGAUCAUGACAGGAUCAUGACAGUUUUCUUUAUUUUUUUUUCCUGAGGAAGUCAAAUGAGAAAUAAGUGGUUCUAUCUUCUAUCUUCAUUCAAAAUGAGUAUUUGGAUACAUUGCAUACAUGUUGAUUUAUGUAGUGGAACGGUAUAUUUUGAACGCCAAACGUAAGUGUUAGGUUAGAAUUGUCUUGUAUUCAGCUGCUUUGUUCUUUAUUCUUUCUUGGUCCUUUGGUUAAGAUUAACCUUAACUUAUGUU